AUGGGCGUGGUCGAGCUCCUCUUCACGCCGUAUGCCCUUCUGGCUCUACCAAUUCUCUUCUACAUCUUGCCGUACCUGCGUAACUGGUCGAUCCGCGAUAUCCCCUCGCCCUUCCCAGCCGCCUUCACCAACCUAUGGCUCAUGUACCAAUGCCGCCGGGGCAGACGAUACCUUGCCGUCCAUCAAGCACACAAGACAUACGGCAAGUUCGUCCGCAUCCAGNNCCCUCACCACGUCUCCAUUGCAGACCCGGAUGCCAUCCCCAUCGUCUAUGGUCACGGUACUGGCUUCCUCAAGAGCGAGUACUACGAUGCCUUCGUUAGUAUCCAACGCGGUCUGUUCAACACACGCGACAGAGCCGAGCACACCAGAAAGAGAAAGACUGUUUCCCACACCUUUAGUGCAAAGAGCAUUGGCCAAUUCGAACAAUACAUGCACCACAACCUGGAAUUGCUGGUCGAACAAUGGAACAAAAUGUCCAAGCUGGCAGACGGCAAGUACGCCAAGAUGGACGCCUUGAACUGGUUCAACUACACUGCCUUCGACAUCAUCGGAGAUUUGGCCUUUGGUGCUCCCUUUGGCAUGCUCGAGAAAGGUGCAGAUAUUGCCGAGAUUCGCGAGUCACCAGAUGCUCCUCCCAAGUUCGCUCCUGCCAUCGAGGUCUUGAACCGCAGAGGCGAGGUUUCGGGCACUAUUGGCUGCUGGCCUUGGAUCAAGCCCUACGCUGCUUACCUCCCUGAUCCUUUCUUCACAAAAGGUGUGCAAGCAGUUCAGAACCUCGCCGGUAUCGCUGUCGCACGUGUGAAGCAACGUCUAGACAAUGCCGACAGUAUCGACCGCGUAGAUCUCCUAGCUCGCUUGAUGGAAGGCAAGGACGAACACGGCAACAGUCUCGGCCGUCAGGAGUUGACCGCUGAAGCACUUACCCAACUAAUUGCCGGCAGCGACACCACCUCGAACACUUCAUGCGCUCUUCUGUACCAUUGUCUCGCAACUCCCCAUGUAGUCAAAAAACUGCAACAAGAACUCGAUGCCGCUAUCCCUGCAGGCACCCAAGUCCCUGUGUUCGACCAAGUCCGCGAUCUGCCUUAUCUGGAUGCCGUCAUCAAGGAGACCAUGCGUAUUCACAGCACUUCCUCCCUUGGUCUUCCUAGAGUAGUUCCUGCAGGCGGAGCAGAAGUCUGUGGCAGACACUUCCCAGCCGAAACAGUCCUCAGCGUGCCCGCAUACACAAUGCACCAUAGCAAAGAGAUCUGGGGGCCCGAUGCCGAUGAAUUCAAACCAGAAAGAUGGGAGAAAGUGACUGAAACCUAUGGUCCACGUGCCUGUGUUGGCCGCAACGUUGCAGAGAUGGAACUCGCUUUGAUCGUCGCGACCGUUUUCCACAACUACGACUUUGAACUCUAUCAAAAGACUCUCGAGACCAGAGAGGGUUUCUUGAGGAAGCCGCUCGAGUGUUGGGUCGGUAUGAAGAGGAGGGCUACUGCUUAA